AUGGGGAUCGAGGUGGGCGAUACGGUGCUCGUAUACUACGACCUGCUCAUCUAUGACGCCGAAGUGCUCAAGAUCGAGACGGCAGGUGACGCUAGCAAGUUUCUUGUGCACUUUAAGGGCUGGUCUGAGGGCUGGGACGAGUGGAUCGCCCAGGAGAACGUACUGGAGGACACGCCGCAUAACCGCGAGCGUCAGAAGAAGGCGAAGGAUGAGCUGCUGGUGCACAAUGCCACACGACCAAUGCAGCAGAGCACAAAGGCUAAUAACAGACCCACUACGCUUCCCGGGUCGGAGCGACUGGUGUCCAUGAUCGGAUGGAUGAAGACGCUAGACGAUUCGCUGACACAACUCGACAAGCAGGUAAAGGAUCUCGUUCGAGACAAGAUUAGUCAGGAGGUUGAUGCUGUGCAACUUAAGAAAAGGAAGGCGGAGGCUGAAGUACACAAGGCUGAGCUGGAGGUGGAGGUCGCGAGGGACCUCAAGAGAGUCAAGAUUGCGGAGGAGACCGCCAUGGCACGCAAGAGACUCAAAGACGCAGGCGUCUCGCAAGCAGAGAUCGAUGCCAUUCUACCUGCUGCUAGAUAG